CCCGUUCCGCGUGGCGCAGCCGCCAAGUCAAGCCUCCGCCCGGCCGCCUUCGUCCCCAAGUCCACUCGAACCCUCCCCCACUUCCCGUCCACCCCAUCCAGGCAAGCCUUCGCCCUUAAGCUUUUCCUCCCUCUACGUCUACUGAAUUUCGAGCCUCUCUCCAAGAAGAAAAUUCGGAUUUUUUCCUCUCUCUCUCUCUCUCUCUCUCUCUCUCUCUCUCGGGCGAGCCGGCGGCGGGGGCGAUCGCGAUGGGUGCCGCGCGGGUGGAGGAGGUGGGGGGCGACGGCGAGCGGUUCCGGUCGUGGUACCUGAGCCGGGAGGAGAUCGAGCGGGGCUCGCCGUCGCGGCGGGACGGCGUCGGAGCGGCCAAGGAGGCCGAGCUCCGGGCCACCUACUGCUCAUUCAUCCGCGACGUCUGCCUCAGGCUUCAAUUGCCGCAGAUUACGAUCGCAACGGCGAUCCUGCUUUGCCAUCGCUUUUAUCUCCGUCAAUCCCAUGCCAAGAACGAGUGGCAGACUGUUGCAACUGUUUGCGUAUUUCUUGCUUCAAAAAUUGAAGACACACCUUGCCCAUUAAAACGUGUCGUCAUUGUGGCAUAUGAGACAAUGUACCGGAAAAACCCUGAUGCUGCUAAGAGAAUCCACCAGCAGGAAGUUCUUGAGAAGCAGAAAGCCCUGAUUUUGGUGGGGGAGACACUAUUGCUUUCAACAAUUAGGUUUGAUUUCAGUAUACAACAUCCUUAUGAACCACUAAAGCUCGCUUUGAAGAAUCUGGGGAUCUACCAGAAGGAAGUUAGACAAGUUGCCAUGAAUCUCAUAAAUGAUACGCUUCCAACUACUUUAGUUGUGCAAUUCAAACCACACUACAUAGCUGCUGGAUCGCUCUUCCUCGCUGCUAAGUUUCAGAACAUCAGACUUCCUUCUGAGAUGGAAAAAGUAUGGUGGCAAGCAUUUGAUGUUGCUCCAAAACAGUUGCAAGCUGUUGUGCAGCAAAUGACAGAAUUAUUUAAGAAAAGAGACCCAUGCUCCAUGGGUCCUGCUAUGCCCACUCCAACUCCAACUCCAACUCCAACUCCGCUGGAUAAACAGCGGAUAACAAGGACCCCAGAUCCUGCGCUCAGGCAUACACAACCUUCAAGGAUAAGUAUCGGAAACAGUGAUACAGAAGCUUCUAGAUGUGUGCCCAUGGACAGAUCGUUGAAUAAUAAAUCCACCAGCAGCUCAGGAAGGAAUGGAGAGAAUCAGUCAUUCCGGACACACCUAAAUCAUAACUUGAAUAUUGUUGCUGUGGAUCGGAGGUUUGAGAAACAAUAUUCCCGGGGAACUCUAAAGGCUGAUCGUGUUUAUCAUGUUUGCAGUGGGUCAAAAGAUAUGCAUGCAACAAGAAUCAGGGACUUGACCAGACAGAAAAGAAGGAUUCAAGAGGUUGAAGGGCCCCCAACUCCUGUUUAUAUAUCUGAUACAGAUGCUUGGAAGGUUGGGAGGCAAGUUAGAAGCAUAAUGGUUGUUGAAACGAAUUCAUCUUGGAAGAAACAGAAGGUAGAGAGAGGAUGAAUAAUAUUUUCUUUUCUGGUAAAGACCCAUUGUUUGACUGCUAAUGAGACAAAGGUCUCCUGAAGGCGAUGAGAUGAAGUAUCUUGAAAGAUAUGACCGGCCUGUAAAUUAAGUUACUGAUGCACGUCGAAUACACUCAGCUUGCACUGAAAUGUCAUACACGUCUCAUUUAUGUUGUAGGCUAUUUUUUCUUAUCAGUGCAUGUGGAUGGAGAUGAAAAUGUAGAUUCUGGGCAGGACUAAUCGUCAAUAUUUCGUAACCAAGCUGUAUAUAGCCUUGGAGACAAAUUUUGUAGUAACAUGACCGAUGACUCGGUUGCCUGUGUAUAAUUGAAUUUUGCAGCAAUGUUCAUUUGUAUACUA